GUGAGGCCAGCGAAAGUCCCCCGCGCGAGAGGGAGAAACCCCAGAAGGCCAAGGCGCCAGCUUCCCCCAAGAAGCGGAAGGUUGAGGCUGAACCCGCGCCGGCUGCGCCAAAGCCCAAGAAGAAGGAGACGCCUACGAAGGCCGACGACAAAG